AUGGCCGUCACUCAGGAGACCGUUCAACACCUUGCCGACAACGGCCACAUCAUCUCCCCCAAGGAGAUCUCGGAAAUCGCCCAGGCCGAGAAGGACCAGACUGGUAACCCCGUCCCCGCUGCGGGUGGUCUUACUGCCACCGCCCAGAGUCUUCACGACAAGCAGCAGAGCUUCCUCGUCAAGGAGGCCAAGAUCGAGAAGAAGCCCGAGUCGGACAUCACCAAAGACGACGCCAAGGAGAUCCAGUCUGCCGAAGCCCGCCUUCUUGGUCACCGCCCCCCUACGGAUUCUGUUUCAGCCCAUAUCCAGUCCAUUGCUGACAAGAACGAGAAGUCUCUCCAUUCCGUAGCCGGCAAGGACGAAGCCGCGGCCACUAUUGAGAAGGACGAGGCUGUGACUUCCAAGGACACUGAGGUGUCUGAGAAGAAGGAGCAGUCUGUUCAGGAGGGUCAGUAA